GUGCGCUGCAUAAACGGCAAGGCUGUCUGCGAAAUCCACCCAUGAAGCCCUAACUCACGUCGAACUCUGUGUUUCAUUCAAGCUUCUUCCUUCCCCAGUGUUCACCAUCCAUAGCACCCAAUACCUAGUACCACCACCACCACCACCACUGUCUCUGCAAUGGAGACUUACACCGGCCAUGUCCGCACGCCGGCCGACGCCAUCCUGCUCUUCGAGGCUUGUCGAACCGGCCUGUUGCCCCGUGUCCAGCGCCGACUGUCCGAGAAAGAGCGCCAGCAAAUCAAGUCUGGUUCAGUCUUUGUGUGGGACGAGAGGGAAGCGGGCAUGAGGCGGUGGACUGAUGGGAAGUCGUGGAGUGCAAGCCGAGUGUCUGGGAGCUUCUUGACUUAUCGGGAAAUGGAAGGCAAACGUGGAGGGAAUGGAUUUCCCACACAAGCACCACCGCCGAAGCGACCGAGCGGAAAGUCCCCAGAUGGAUCCAAUACGGGAGACUCAGAAGGCGAAGGCCCAGAUGGAUAUCGCUAUAAGCCAGAUGGGCUCAUGAAGCAGUCCUUUAGCAUCACAACAGCAGGCGGACAGCACCUCCACCUGAUCAGCUACUAUUCGCGCUCACAUCCAACUGCGUCGAACCUGAAGUCACCGACAACAGAUCCUCAACUUCGCCAUAUCCGCCCUCCCAAGAACAUGUACCCGGAGUCGACUGUUAACGAAACAACCAAUGUUCCUGCUGUCACUCGAGGGCCAAUGCCUGGCUCGCCAUUUGCUCCUUCACCACACCAGAUUGGACCAGUAUCUCCAUUCCCUCGCCCAAGCACCGUCCAACCAGUCUUUGUUCCAGUCGGUUAUGGGCCACCUACUCCGAACGGCACUCCUCCGUAUCAAUACCCCUACUAUCCGCCGCAACAAGGUCACUCGCCGGUACCCUAUCCUCACUUUCUCUAUACCCAACCCUACCAUAGCGCACCACCCACCAUGUACGACCGACCACCAGCCCCAAUGAGCAACACCAAUAUACCAGCUCAUCCCCCGCACCCAAUGGGUCCUCAUCCUGGGUAUGGUCAACCCCAAUACACACCACACCCGUCAGCACGGAUCAUGCAAGCUACCGAACUCGCUCACCACCAAGCCCAAGCCCAAGCCCAUGCCCAAGCCCAUGCCCAAGCCAUGGCUCAGAGUCACAACCUUCCACCUAGCCACACAACCCUGCCGGAACAAGGACCCCAGCUCCCCGCCAUUAAUGGAGCAUCUAUGGCUUCAAGGACUGAGAAAAAACCUCCAACACCUCAACCUAACGAUUCGAGGUCACAGGAAUCCUUAGGAGUUCCCGAACAGAACGGAGCUUCAACAAACAGUGCUCCUUCCCCCGCCAGGACUAUUCCCAGCGUUGGGUCUUUGCUAAAUACUCAUCCUACAGACAACAACAUUGAUCCCAAGAGCAACCAGAGCAACAGCCGGCUCGGAAGCAGGAGCCCUAACAGUUCCCAAAGACCAACUCGAGAGAUCCCCGGGGAUAGGCUCAUUGCCAAUAUCACAACAGACACAAACCAGAUCCAAAAGCUCAAUAGCGUGUCGUUUCGAUAGCGCCUCAUACGAGUAGCAAUCGUUUUGAGUUUCUUAGCCACUUCCUUACGACUUUCCUUCUCCUUUACUUCAUCAACUGUGGUAACGAUUGUUUUGUCGCAAAAUGGUUAGAGGGGCAGUCUCACAAGCAUGUGCCAGCUAAAUAUAAGCGGCACCUUAUGU